AUGGGUGUGGAAGUUGUAAAAUCAGAAGUGGCGUCCGUUUCGGUGGAAGAUGGAAUUGAAGAAAACAUGUCUUUAUUGCAUGAGAUUGGGGAAGUUGUAAAAUCAAAUGUGGCUCCCGUUUCUGUGGAAGAUGAAAUUGAAGAAAAUAUGUCUUUGUUGCAUGAGAUAAAAUCAGAGGUGGCAUCCGUUUCUGUGGAAGAUGAAAUUGAAGAAAACAUGUCUUUGUUGCAUGAGAUGGAUGUGGGAGUUGUAAAAUCAGAGGUGGCUCUUGUUUCUAUGGAAAAUGGAGUUGAAGAAAACAUAUCUUUGUUGCAUGAGAUGGAUGUGGAAAUUGAAAAAUCAGAGGUGGCUCCUGUUUCUGUGGAAGAUGGAGAUAAAGAAAAUAUAUCUUUGAUGCAUGAGAAAGGUGUAGAAGUCAUAAAAUCAGAGGCGACUCCCGUUUAUGUGGAAAAUGGAGUUGAAGAAAACAUAUCUUUAUUGCAUGAGAAAGGUGUAGAAGUUAUAAAAUCAGAGGCGACUCCCGUUUAUGUGGAAAAUGGAUUUGAAGAAAACAUAUCUUUGGGUGUGGAAGUUAUAAAAUCAGAAGUGACUUCUAUUUCUGUGGAAGAUGAAAUUGAAGAAAACAUAUCUUUGUUACAUGAGAUGGGUGUGGAAGUUAUAAAAUCAGAGGUGGCUCCCGUUUCUCUGGAAGUUGGAGUUAAAGAAAACAUAUCUUUGGGUGUGGAAGUUGUAAAAUCAGAGGUGGCUUCUGUUUCUGUGGAAGAUGGAAUUGAAGAAAACAUAUCUUUCUUGCAUGAGAUGGGUGUGGAAGUUAUAAAAUCAGAGGUGGCUCUAGUUUCUGUGGAAGAUGGAGUUGAAGAAAACAUAUCUUUGGGUGUGGAAGUUGUAAAAUCAGAGGUGGCUCAUGUUUCUAUAGAAAAUGAAAUUAAAGAAAACAUAUCUUUAUUGCAUGAGAUGGGUGUAGAAAUUGUAAAAUCAGAGGUGACUCCUGUUUAUGUGGAAGAUGGAAUUAAAGAAAAUAUGUCUUUAUUGCAUGAGAAGCCUGAAGGGAAAUUAAGUCAUGGAAGGCUUAAUAACCCCAUACAGUUGGGUUCGUAUCAUAUGGAUGAUCCCGAAAAGUCUUGUUCAUGUUGUAUGGAUGAGCCCAUACAAUUUGGUUCAUAUUGUAAAGAUGAGCCAGUUAAAGAAGAACAAGAAAAUAUUCCCCAAGCCAACUUUCCCAAGGAUGCAGUUGAUCAAUGGCAUGGACCUAAGCAGAUCCAUAAAUUUUAUUUGGUCAAGUAUAGAUCAUAUAAUGACCAAAAACUAAAUGCCAGAUUGGAUCAGGCUGACAAAGAGCUUCAAACAAAUAAUCAAGCCAGAUAUCAGAUAAUAGAAAAAUUGAGGGCAAAAAGGGCAGAUCGAGCACAAAUGGUUGGUCAAUUAAAGUCUUUAAAUGUUGAGAAUGAGCAGUUCAGGAUGAUCAUGGAUGAGAAGAGAAAACAAAUGGAACCUCCACAGCAGGCUUUGGACAAGUUUCGUGGUUCGAAGACUGUGGGCAGAGAGAGUGGUGUUUGUAUAUGUUCAUCCGAGGAAGAGCUUGAUGAUCUUAUUAAAAGCCUAGAGUAUUGCAUUAAACAUGAAAGCAUUACCCUAAACGAGGAGAAACAAAUUCUUAGAGAAAUUAAACAGCUUGAGGGGACAAGGGAAAGAGUCGCUUCUAAUGCUGCUAUGAGGGCAAAGAAUCAGGAUUCGUUGGGUGGAAAAGAAACCAUUCAAGUCCAGGCCAAACUUAUAGGUGUGGAUUCAGGUGCAGUUCGAAAGGAACAUCAAGUAGUUAAAGCCAAGAUUAAGCAACUUAGACAUGAAAAAGAGGCCAUAGAGAAACAGAUCAAUUCUUUGGAGGAGGAAUUGAAGAUUGUAACACAAAAAAGGUGCCACACUUUUGAAAAUAUUCAGCAAUUGAGAAAACAACGCAAAGAGGGGAAUGCUUGCUUCUACCAAAACCGUUUGUUCUUGAUCAAGUCCAGAGAGCUCGCUGCAAAGAAAGAUUGUGAAGCCCUGACAGAACUUUCUAGUACUGAGGUUGAGAAAUUCAUGUCCCAGUGGAAUAGUAGUAAGGCUUUUAGGGGUGAUUAUGAGAAAAAAAUUUUGCAGUCACUGGACAUACGACAGUUUAGUAACGAUGCAAGGAGGAGGAACCCUGAUGAGAAACCACUACUGUUACCGGAGGCACUAAGUUCCUCUGAAACCGAGACUCUGGCAAAAAACAAAGCUAAACAACCAAAGGAAGAUUCCAUUUCCCCUCCACAACACACUACUCCCCCCAAUCCGGAAGUGCAGAAAGAAAAAAAUAAUAAACACCAUCAAGAAGCAAAUACCAAACCAAUGAAAAGCACUUGGGAGCAAAGUGAAUUGGAAGGCAACGAGAGAAUCUCUGAGUCAGAAAAGCAGCAAAAGGAUCCUCCCAAGGGAAAUGAAGUUGAUGAGGCAAAGUUGAAGGAGAUGAAGAGAGAGGAAGAGAUGGCCAAGGCUAAGCAGGCCCUGGAAAGGAAGAAGAAAUUGGCAGAGAAAGCGGCCAACAAAGCAGCUAUAAAAGCUCAGAAGGAAGCUGAGAAGAAGCUUAAGGAAAUUAUUAUUUGA